CUCUGCAGCCACAAAGCAAAAAGAGUUCCCUGCCUGUCUGUCUACAUGAGACAUCUACUCGGCGAAGGCAACUCUUCUUUGCCGUAAUCCAGAGCCACCAUACCGGAUAUGUUAGCGCACCAGGAGGCGCGGACGGAAGCGAUGGGAGUGUUUCCCCCGCCUUGUGAAGCGCUUGUGCGGGGACGUGAUGAGUGUUGAUGCGGGGAAGAAAAGCAAUGCUUGAACAAGUCAACACUCUUUGCAAUCAGGUGUUGGUAGGGGGGACUCCGAAGAUGCCGCUGCCCCAGGGAGUGCUGCUCUUCCUGGGCGUGCUCCUGAUGAUCGCCGGGGGGGUGGUGGCUCUGUGCGUGGGCUUGCCGAGCCAUUCGGCGCCGCUGUUCGGUGUCGGGCUCUUCCUGGGCCUGGGGGGCGUGGGCCUGCUGGUGAGCGGGCUGUGCAUGGCCAUGAAGAACCUGCAGGUGGCGGUGCCGGGACACUUCCUGCUGCACCCGCGCACGGGCACCCGUUUCAGCCCGCAACAGUCCCUUGCCAUACAGAGGAGGCUGGACCGGAUUCGCCGCGAGAUGUUGACGGACUCCGCCGGCAGGACACCGGACCCCGAACCGGCCAUCCCGUCAACCCCGCCCCCAUGGACCAUGGACCCGCCCCCGUCAUACGACACGGUGAUGAAGAUCCAAGAGCAUGACGAGCGGCUUUAACGUCACCCCACGCCCCCGCUGGACGUGUUGGACUUGGUGCCAGUGCCUUCAUCCUAACUGCGUGACUGGUGCAUGUUGUGAUGCAGCCUUGGCUAGCAAGCUAACUUCCUGUUGUGCUUUCAUUCCGGGUGCCUUUCACUGGGACCAGCACUUCCUUCAGGACUCACAGGACUCACACAGCCCUGACAACAUCCACCCCUUCCUGUUUUCACUUUGACGAUAGCUUUUACACUGGCAUUUUUCCGCCAGUAUUCCUUUUUCGGAGCCUUAACAGAGGUGACAGCACAACGGUAUAGUGGAAAGACGAGACGAGUGCAAGGCACUUUUCUUAUGCCCUGUUGUGUUGAAUGCAAUUGUCGCUGUCUGACAAGUAUUUUAUACGUCACGGUUUAUGGUAUCUUAUUACAUUUAGGCCAAGAAAAUAAAAAUUAUUAAAAUUUAUACAUAAAAAGGUAAUUUAGCAGCUUUUGCUCCAGGAUUCUCAUGAAACUGUAAACUUUGCAGACACCACACCUCUCUGGGGUGUGUGUGCUGUGGUAACGACGUCUACUACAUAAUAAAAUAGAAAUAAAAAGCAAUUAAUGGAGGCAUGGCAUCUAUUAGAGUAGAGGCCAUUAUUAGAGGAAAUGCCGUAAUUAAUUCAACAAUCGAGACUCAUUUCUCCCACCCUUGUGCGUUGAAAGCAAUGGACAAGUAUUUUAAACGUCAUGCGGUUGCGUCAAUUUCCCGCCUUCGCUGUGUUCUGCGUAAAAUGAUCUUCUGGUACGAAUCUGAGGAUAUUUUGCAGGAUUCUCUGUGCGAAAGAGGAUGCAAAGUGCCUUAAAGUGACAGGCGCCUUCUUUCAGUGGUCGUUGUGUGAAUGCUGAGAGAUGAGCGUUCCUGUUACGACAUUUCCUGCAAGGUUGCUAUGAUAUGCUGUAAUAUCCCUGUAUAAUAUCCCUGUAUAAAUCCCUGUUUUUUUUUUUUCCUCCACAAAAUGCAAUGAAAGCACUUUCAUAACGUCCAAUCAAAAUGCUCCAAUGUCUUUCUUCCACUAGGGGGCAUAUUUGCAUUGUAUCUCGAGGUUGCUAUGAUAUGCUGUGAUGUGUUAACUAGCAUUAAAGUCCUGUUUUUGUUCCCUCUUGGACACAAAAGCCACGAUGGUUGUGCCUCCAAUGUCAUGCCUAUUCCGCUCACAGCCACCGCAUGCUAUGAUAUGCUGUGAUGUAUUUAAGCAGCAUUA